CACUGGUACGAGUGCAACGAAAGAGACAGCAAGGACGGGGCAAGAAGGCGGGCCUCAGAAAACGUCAGAAGUGAAUAAAGAAGUCGACCUAAAUAAUUUUCAGUAGCGUACGCUAAUUAUCUAAACCCCCUCCCUUCCCCCGAGGAUUCUGCAAUAAAUGAGGAAGGUGAUGAAGAAGAAUGACAAAUUAAAUUGCGCGGCGUUUCAAAGCAGAUGUUUCAAAGUCUUAUAAGUCAUCAGCACCUGGACGAAAUUGGUAUUCGGAAGAAAGUAUUUUGAUUGAGUAAUAACGAUGACAACUUGUGAGUAACGUAUUGAAGUCUGUGGCAGGUGAUUUCUAAGGGCAUGCUUUUAGCAGAAACAAAACUCCUUACUCCAGCCAGAUUCCAACUUGACUACAACUGGUUAUGAAAACCUGCACCUCUAGAUUUAAUUGGCAGGUGGAAAGAUGUUUGUGGAGUCUGUCGUUCGAUGGGGAGCAUGGAGCAUCCUGCUCCAGUUUGGAUUGGGUGUGUCAGCGGGGUUUUGUCCACCUCGGUGUGCGUGUCGGCCUGACACUAUGGAAGUGAACUGCUCAGGCAAACACCUAACCUCAGUGCCUGAAAGCUUACCCAGUGAUAUGAAGCGAUUGGACCUAUCCCAGAAUAAGCUAAAGACACUGGGUCGUCGCCAGUUCUUGGGGCUCACCCAACUUCAGGAGAUGGACCUGAGUGACAAUGUCAUCUCAAUGAUUGAGGUUGAGGCUUUCCAGGGCCUACAAAACCUCAGGAUUCUUUGUAUUAAGAAUAAUCGUUUAAAGAUAAUUCCAGUUGGGGUCUUUUCGGGCCUAUUCAGUUUGCAAUUCCUGGACCUCAGUGAAAAUGAGAUCCUGGUCUUCCUUGACUACACCUUCCGAGAUAUGGGGAACCUGCAGUUGCUGGAGGCUGGGGAGAAUGACCUGGUUUUCAUCUCCCAGCGAGCGUUCACUGGCCUGCAGAACUUGCAGGAGCUUAACCUGGACCGAAGCAACCUAACCUCCAUCCCCACAGAAGCGCUGUCCCAGCUCCAGAGCUUGACACGCCUCCGCUUACUACGCCUCACCAUCUCAUCGCUUCCCAACAAUGUCUUCCGCAGAUUGCACCGCCUGCGUAGCCUGCUGAUCUCCCAUUGGCCCUCCUUGGACACGUUGGCCAGCAACAGUCUCAUCGGCCUCAAUCUGACCUCUUUGGUCAUCAGCAGAAGUAACCUCAGCGCUGUUCCUUACUCUGCUCUGCGCCACCUCGUAUACCUGCGCUAUCUAGACCUGUCCUACAACCCCAUUACCAGCAUCCAGGGCAAUCUGCUAGGGGACUUGUUAAGGCUGCAAGAACUGCACCUGGUUGGGGGAAACCUGCUGAGAAUCGAGCCUGGGGCCUUCAGAGGACUCACUUACUUCCGGGUGCUCAAUGUUUCCUCCAAUCAGCUCACCACCCUGGAGGAAGGCGCCUUUCACUCCGUAGGAAACCUCCAGGUUCUCCGACUAGAUGGAAACCCACUGGCAUGCGAUUGCCGUCUGCUCUGGGUCGUCCGGAGGCGGUUCCGCCUGAAUUUUGAUGGACGGCAGCCCACUUGUUUGUCUCCUGAUAUGGUACGAGAGAGGGAGUUCCAGGGGUUCUCGGAGAAGGAACUCCCAAGAGUGUUCAUCUGCCGGCCAAGCCGCAUCAUAGACCGCAGAAGACAAGAAGCCAACAUAGAGGAGGGCACCAACAUACUGUUCUCCUGUAAGGCUGAUGGUGAUCCAGCACCCACAAUCACAUGGAUUUCAUCCCAGAAGACCCUUCUCUCUCCCACGGGCCGGAUCAGGGUGUUGUCUGAUGGGACUCUGGAGGUACGCUAUGCCCAGGUUCAGGACAGUGGCAUGUACCAGUGCACAGCAGGCAAUGCAGCUGGCAACGACACCCUGUCUGUCAGCCUGCAGGUGAAGGGGUUCCCGCGAAAUCGCACCAUGCCCUUUUUUACCGAACAGGGCUGGAUCGAGUCUUCCUUCCCACCCACUGCUAAUUCCUCUGCCCAGGUGGCUAACCCAUACCCAUUUGAUGCCAAGACAUUGAUCAUAGCCACCACUAUGGGCUUCCUUUCCUUCCUCAGCUCUGUGGCCAUCUGCUUUGUCUUUAUGUUCUUCUGGAGCCAGAGCAAAGGGCAGAUCAAACACACGGCCACGAUCGACUUUGUGCCUCGCGCCUCCAUGGGGGGAGGAGGGGAAGGAGGGGACACUGGUAGGUUCACCAUGAAGCUUAUCUAAGUCCUCUUAGGAAUGGACAAAAAGUAAUACUGGGGAGCUUUAUUGACUAUUUAUACCCUUCUGGAUUGAGUACUUAUUGCGAACACAAAUUCACAAUGCUCUAUAGGAAGUGGUUCUACUUGUGAUGAUUCUGCCAGGGUAUUUAAGGGAAGUAGAUGAAAGAUUUUCAUCAGACAUGUUACAUUUUAAACAGUUAUUUCAACGAACAUGCCUCUUCACCUCACAUUUUGACACUAUCUAGUGAUACAAAAGUAGAACACACUUAUGAAUGGAGCAAGUCUGUUUCAGGGUUGAAAAGAUAUAUUGUGUUUUCUACAUUUAAUUUUUGUUGCAGCAUAAAGUUUGUUCAAAUUUUUUUUUUUUUUUAUAAAAGCAUUAA